GUCGCGAGCGGGGAUAGAACAAGCUGUCGACUAUUGGUCAAUGAAUGUUUCUCCUAGGAUUGGGGAUUUAUAAAGGUAUAUCAGUUCGUUGAACGUCGAUAGGCAGCAGAGCUGUGAUAGAGAGACUUCCCCCGUCCCCACCUCACUGACCCCCUGUUCACCUGUGAGUCGACACACACAAGGACCACGCCCGAUUCACCUGCACAGCUGACGCCUGGAGGAGAUCAGCCCAGAGCCUGAGAGAAGAGAAGACUGCCUACUGUGUAACUGGGCCUAUGACCAGCAGUGUCCUGCUCUCCCAUUGAAAGCGAUGUUUGUGGGAGGUGGAGGCCGCAGCAUCAGCAGAGUGUGUGUGGGGCCCCUCUCCCUCUCCCCUACCCCCCACCCUGGCCUGGGAUGCCAGCUCCCUGCCCCCCUGCCUGCUGUCCUGCCCUGAGCUCAACUGGGGCGCCAUGAACACCUACAAAGAUAGAGGGGUCACCUGCACCUCCUCAGACCUGCUGGAGAGGGGCGGAGGGGGAGGAUCCCUCCUCACACAACAUGCCGCCUUCCACCUCACCCCCAACGGCCACCCUGCCCCCUCCUCUGAUCCAGCCACCCAAUCCCGUGUCUCCGUUCCCAAGAUGGGCGUCCGCGCCCGAAUUGCUGAGUGGCCGCCACGCCAUGCGCAAUCCAGGGAGUCGCUCCUGGAGAACGGGCAAGGCGGUAAUCACCACGGAGAUGACACUUCCACGACGACCUCCUCCGUUUCUUUCCCCAUCUCGGAGGUCGGGCUGGUGCGGGGAGGAGUGGCUCGUUUACCAAGGCGACGCACUAAGGACGUGGAGUUCCGUGGUGGGUACGGGGGGGAAAGAGGAUCUCCUGUAGGCCUGCGUGCCUUCCCCCCGUUACGGCAGCGCUCCAACAGCGAGGUGACUCUGAGCGAGCAGGAUGAGAACGAGGUGGAAGGUCGUGGAGGUGCUAAUCUGUUCCGGGAGUACGGCAGCACCUCCUCCAUCGACGUGCAGGGCAUCCCCGAGCAGAGCUUCUUUGACAUGCUCAGCCAGUUCCACCAGGAGAGGCCCGACCAGCGCAGCACUGCCCCCGUACGCCUACUGCACACCCCCAACUCCCCUCCCUCUGCACCCGUCCCCACAGGCCACUCCCCCACCCCCAUAUCCCGGGGGGAGGAUGGAGGGAUGGGAUGGUCAGAGAACAGGUUGAGGAAUAAGAGCGGGGGGACAGAGUCGUCUCUGGGGACGUCCUCUCUGUUCCGGAAGCUCCGCAGCUCCAGCAGAGGGGAGCUGGACAGAGGGGAGGCGGGGGAGGACGGGGGAGGCCGUAACUCUACAGAUACCCCCUACAAAACCUGGGUGUGCCCCAAGAGCUUUGUCCACUACGACGCCCAGAGUGUCCUGUUUGACCUACAUGAGGCGGCUGCUCAGCGCACCUACGUAGCCAAGCGGAGGAACACUGCCACCGGGGCAUCGGCGGCCUCAGUCUCCCUGGCUGUGUCACGUUCCUCAACUCUGAGUGGGUUGGACGCUACCUACUCCAGCGUUGAGGACCUGACGCUAGGCCUCGACCCCACCGCGCCCACACCCUCCCUGGGCAUGGACACUCUGGACGGCCCCCCCGGAGGCCCCAGCUCCAGUCCUCUCCUCCUCAGCUGCCCCCACUUCCGCAACGAGACGGGGGGCAAUGGGGAGCGCAACGUCAGUUUCCUGAGCUCCUCGGCUGAGCAGGGAGGGGAGGGGGGUGCGGGUGACAUGGUGAGGGGCACCCUUCGGCGUAGUAACGCCAGUGUGUCGGUGGUGGAGGUUCCCAUAGAGCAGCAGGUCACCAGAAUGGAUAGACUGAAACUCUAUAGCAUAGAGCACGUGGAUCUGGGGGCGCGGUACUACCGAGACUACUUCCACGGGAAAGAGCACUCAAACUACUUUGGGACGGACGAGAAGCUGGGUCCGGUUGCUGUGAGUAUCCACAGGGAGAAACUGGAUGACACUAAAGACCUGAAGGACCAGUACCAGUACCGCAUCAUCGCCAGAACCAGUGAGCUGGUGACGUUGCGGGGGUCCAUCCUGGAGGAUGCAGUGGCCUCCACGGGGAGGCACGGCACGGUGCGCGGUCUCCCCCUGAAGGAGGUGCUGGAGCAGGUGGUCCCGGAGCUCAGUGUGUCCUGCCUGCGCCUGGCUCUCAGCACGCCCAAGGUCACCGAGCAGCUCCUCAAACUGGACGAACAGGGGCUGAGUCAGAAGCACAAGGUGGGGGUGCUGCUGUGUCGGGCAGGGCAGAGCACCGAAGAGGAGAUGUAUAACAACGAAGAGGCCACGCCCUGCUUCUCCGCCUUCAUGGACCUGCUGGGGGAGCAGGUGUGCCUCCGAGGCUUCACCAACUACGCCGCCCAGCUGGACACCAAGACUGACUCGACGGGCACCCACUCCCUGUACACCACCUACCAGGGCUAUGAGGUCAUGUUCCACGUCUCCACCAUGCUGCCCUACAUGCCCAACAACCCCCAGCAGCUCCUGAGGAAGAGGCACAUAGGGAACGACAUCGUCACUAUAAUCUUCCAGGAGCCGGGAGCGCUGCCCUUCACCCCUCAGAACAUCCGCUCCCACUUCCAGCACGUGUUCGUCAUCGUCCGCGUGCACAACCCCUGCUCUGACAACACCUGCUACAGUGUGGCUGUGACGCGUAUGAAGGACGUGCCUCCCUUCGGCCCACCCAUCCCCAGCGGGGUGAUGUUCCGCGACCCUGAAGCCUUCCGCAACUUCCUCUUGGCCAAGGUCAUCAAUGCAGAGAGCGCUGCGCACAAGUCUGAGAAGUUCCACACCAUGGCCACGCGCACGCGACAGGAGUACCUCAGAGACUUAGCCGAGAAUUGUGUGAGCAGUACGCCGCUUGACUCCGCGGGCAAACUCAACAACCUCAUCUCGCUGGCGUCGAAGAAGAGAGAGCGGGCGCGGGCGAGAGAGGGGGCAGAGUUGGGAGCGGCCGGGGCGGUGGCGUGGCGGGUGCUGGCCCAGGACUUCAGUGGCGGCGGGACGGAGAUCUCCUGCGCUCUGGGCGUGUCGGCAGAGUAUAUCCUCCUGGCAGACUGCAACACCAAGGAAGUGGUGUUCAACUGCUUCUGCGCCGACGUGAUCGGCUGGACGCCAGAGAGGCUGGCGCUGAAUAUCUUCUAUGGGAGAGGAGACCACAUCGCCGUCAGAGUCCCCGAGGGCUUUGCUCAGGACAUCAGGGAGGUGGUGCAGAGGUUAAAGGCGCUGACGGUGGGCUGUGAGACAGUGGAUAUGACUCUGAGGAGGAACGGCCUGGGACAGCUGGGGUUCCACGUCAGUCUGGACGGCACCGUGGCUGAGGUGGAGGAGUACGGCUUUGCCUGGCAGGCAGGGCUGAGGCAGGGCAGCCGGUUGGUGGAGAUCUGCAAGGUUGCCGCGGUAACCCUGACACACGAGCAGAUGAUCGACCUACUGAGGACUUCAGUCACCGUUAAAGUGGUGAUCAUACCGCCAUACGAGGAGGGAGGGCCCCGCAGGGGCUGUACAGAGGAAUAUGAGAUGAAGAACAUGGAGCAGAAGCCAGAGGCUGAGCCUGUGGCAGCAGGGUAUCGGCCCUCCCCUCGCACCCCUGCCUGGCGCUGGGACAGCCCCCCCACCCCUCAGCGCUGGACCCCUAUGGGCCCCCCACCACCCCAACCCCGCUCACACAAAGCCGUUGUCAUGCCUGUCCAAUACAGAGAGCCCCAGCACCUCUCCAACAAGAGGCCGGUGAGUUUCCCUGAGAACCACUACAGCCUGUCCCUAGCGGGGGGCGACAGAGUGCUGCCCUACAGGAACCCCUCAGCCAGCUUCUCCUCCCCCUCUGGCCUGGGGGGCAUGGCGGCCCUGGGGGGCCCCAUACUCAGUGGGCCCUUCGUACGCUACAAACCCUCACCUGACAGGUACGGUUCAGCCCAGCGUCCCCUGCUGGCCUACGAACCUCAUCUCAGUCUGGACAUCACCUCUAGUGGAGAGUCCUCCUCGGGCUUCACCAGCCAGGAUAGCACUAUGGAGCGCUGCAAGACAGAGCCCCUAUGGCAUGUCCCAGUGUCAUCAUCUCGGGGGCCAGGAAGAGGAGGGGGGCAGAGGAGACCCAACCGACAGGACGUCCCAGGGAAAGACUCCCCCAACAGACACUCAAAGGGUGAGACCCAGUACUCCAGCCACUCCAGCAGUAACACUCUCUCCAGUAACGCAUCCAGCAGCCACAGUGACGAGCGCUGGUUCGACGGGGCUGGGGGGGAGAGAGGAGGCCCGGGGGUGUCCGGGGGUUGCCUAGGCAACUUGGCCGAACCUGACCCCCUCAGUAAGGGCGGGUCCAGCGAUAGCGGCAUCGAUGCCCCCACCCUCUACAACACCAAGCCUGCCGGUCGCCACGGAAACCAGUCCAGCCAAUCACAGAAGCUCUCUGAAGUGAGGGGCAACGGAGUCGAGGGGCGGAGACUAGAGUCGUCGCCUGUAUUACCUGCCAAUCAGAACAAAGGAUACCGCACACGCACCUUCCCUCCUCCUGGAUGCAACGUGGAGAAGCCAGACUCAUUCAAACCCAGGGCCUGCUACACACCCCAGGGUUACAAGACACCUGCAGCAGAGAAAUCGCGGCCGGUCCGAGCCGCCACAGUCACACCCAACUCUGCUCUACUCCGCUCCACCCCUCUCUCCAGCUCUGCCCCCAAGGCCUUAUACAGCAAGAGCAGGCUGGGCCCCUGGCAACCAGAUGACAACGCCCCCUCCCCUUCAAACACACACACUACCUACAGCUCUGACAGCAACAGCAGCAAGAAGCAGGUGGACGUGAAUUCUAAGAACGUGUUCGGACAGCCCCGUCUCAGAGCGUCGCUAAGGGACCUGCGGUCUCCACGGAGAUCCCACAAGAGCACCGUCGAGGACGACCUGAAGAAACUCAUCAUCAUGGACAACCCUGGAGAGAUGCCACAAAGAGACAUGUCUCCUCGGCACACUCUUCAGCGCACAUUCUCAGACGAGUCUCUGUGCAGCGGGCGCAGGGAUGCCAGCUAUGCCAACUCUGCCCCCCUGUUUGACCAGGGCACUCCCAGCGACCUGCUGUUCACCUGCACCCUGCCCACCCGGCGCCACGCACACUCUGCCAACCACAUGCCCAACAAGAAGGUCCCUAUGUCUGCGUCAGAGCUGUCUCUGACAGAGGUGAGGGAUAAGGUCCCCCCCCUGAGGAGGCUGGACCCGGGGCUCAUGCCCUUGCCUGACACUGCCUGUGGCCUGAAGUGGGCCAGCCUGGUCAACGCUGCCAAAGCCUACGAGGUGCAAAGGGCAGUGUCUCUCUUCUCGCUCACUGAGCCUCAAGUUGGGGUUCCAGACAUGCGGCCGAUCAUCAGUCCAAUCCAGUUCCAAACACCUCAGACUCCACGCACUACCCCCACCUUCAGCGGAGAUGAGGUCCCCUGCGACCUCUCGGGGCGACUGUUUAGCCUAGAGGUGAUGCUGAAGCAGCUCAACACUGACCUGGAGAAGGAGAAGGAGGACAAAGUGCACCUGUUGGCUGAGAUGGCUAACCUGCGGCAGAAUAACCAGCGGCUGCAGGAAGAGAGCCACUCGGCCAGCGAGCAGCUCCGCAAGUUCAGCCUGCUCUUCACCGACCCCCCGCAGAGGAAGUGAGCUCACACCGAACACAGGAAGUGACCUCGGAGAGAGAGUGCGAGAGCGUCCGCAGAGAAGGACGUGUGACCUAAGCCAGAGAACGAUGGAGAGGAGGGAAGAGGUUAGGGUAAAGGUGAUUUAGUGGAAAGACGUAUUGGAAACGCGGCCACAGUGAAUUUCAUGCUGUUGGGAUUGAGUGGGGAAUGGAUUUGUUAGUGGGUCUGGUUAGGCACUGUGAAAUACAUGGGCAGUAGAAAAUAGAAGUUAGGGUGUGACAUUAUGUACAAGAAAAUUAGUAGCUUUAAAGCAUAAGAACCCCCCCCCCCACCUACAUUCUCACGUUCUAUCCCUCACCUGCUGCUUCUGUCACAUUCCAACCACACCACCUCCCUCCUGCCUCUCCUAGAGGGGUGGGAUGGUAGGGGAGAAGAGGAGGACUACCCCUCCACCACUCUGACCUGCUCUGGGGAUAGAGACCUGCCGUUACGCUGCACCACCUAUAACCAGAAACCCUGCCUCGCUCUAGGCUGGACGGACACAGGGACUGCAGAGAACCAAUGGAUCCCCGUUGGCUCAUCUGAAACCGAAUUGCCUAGACAGAAGAGCCUACAAGUAGACACGUCUAUUUUUAAAAACUCAGAUAAGAGAGUCCAACACAGCACAAGCCGACUUUCCCUCAGUCUGUGCACCCAGAGUGAAUCCCUCUCUGUCCCUGCUUGUAGGUUUUUAUUUUUGUAACUGAAGUCUUAUACACUCCUGCGUCAGAGAAAAGCCAAUCAAGAGGAGAGAUUUUAUGAACUGUAGAACACUAGAUCACCCAGAGAGGCCUAAUACUUUUCCUGAAGCGUAUCAGCCAAAUACAAACACGAGCUCUGACUCAAAAAAAGACUCCAACUCCCAGAAUGCUCUGGGAGACGUGUGUUAUAAAAGACAUGGUACUGUAGUUUUGCCUGUGUGAUUCAGCGUAUAGCUUGAACACAUGUAUAUUGUACUGAUAUAACUGACGUAAAGAGGUGGGUGUGUAACUCAUGAAGGUGUGUAGGGUACAGCAAAUACUCAGACAAUGCAUUAUCGCACAAAAUAGCGAGCUCUCGUGAUGUUUUUUUUACCCUUUGUUGAGUGUGUGGUAGGCUGGCACAGGGCAUAUCAGUUAUGAGCAAGCUGUAAUAUGACAAGCUAGUGAUAUGAGACAAGGCAUCUCGUUCAGUUUGAGACAGAAUAUAGUGUCAUAAACUCAAUGAUAGUAUCUCAAUGUUGUUUUUUGGUUAACGAUCAAUGUUAAAGGUAUUUACAAAUAUCUAAGCAGUUUUUUUUUACAAUAUGUAGAAUUAUCAUAUUUAGUGGUUUUUGUUUUGUGUACCAACUGCUAGUACACACAUCUGUGUGCAUUUAGAAAAGACACGUAGAAAUGAUCUCUUAAACACUGUAGCACGUAUGUCAUAUCAGUACCUGUGUCAUGGGACAAUAGCUGUGUGUGUGUGUGUGUGUGUGUGUGUGUGUGUGUGUGUGUGUGUGUGUGUGUGUGUGUGUGUGUGUGUGUGUGUACUAGAAUGAAGGGGUAUUAUACAUACAUUUUGCUGACAUUCCUAGUGUCUGCAGAAUCAAACUCAACAAUUUAUACACAACUGUGAGACCUAGCUAAAUAAUUAAAAAACGUAAGUAACUUAGCUUGUGGUGAUGGGUCUGUGUGAAACGUGUGGCCAUUUUUUUUUUUAUAAUGUCCAUCUGACAGGAAUACACUAAACUAAAUCAACACAUACACUUUCUCCUAACUAGCUUGGUUAUACUCUCUACAGAAACCUUUUUUUCUUACAGAUUUGUGUCUUUGUGUCCAUUGUUUGUAGUGAAUGUGGGAUAAAUGGAGGGGAGCAUGGAGCUGGCAAAAACAACAGUGUGGGUUCCAAUUCGCGCUUGGGCCACAUCCAUUCACUCAAAUUAUAAAAGUCUCUGCUGAAGGACCAUAUUACUAUUUUCGUUCCAGUAAAUGUAACCCCCUACCACAGUUAAGUGCCCUGUCAUCAUAGACCCCCUUUUCAGAAACCCCCUGCCCUGCCUCAACUGGAAUACUGUCUUCCCCUCACUACUCUCAGGACCUUUCACUGACAUCCUCUUUAAGGACUGUACUAUUUAUUUGUAUUUAUUGUUUUGUGUGUGGACAUGUACCUGUAUGGUGUAAACCCUUUGUGGCUGGAUCAGUGGACAUUCACACGCAUAUGGCGCAAAAACACACAAAAUACACUGCCCUCACUCUUUCAAAAGCAUCUGUACGUUUAUGAGAGACAUUACAUUUAGAUAAGAGCAACAUAUACAGACAUCUCUGUCUCCAUUUCUCUUCAUCUCACUCUGUUCUCUGGUAUUUGCUCAUCACUGCCCAUCCAAAGACACUGUUGUAGUCUGCCUCUCUGUGUACUGUAAGCUGCCUCCUCCUGCAGCCAGUUAUAUCAUCUCAUCUUGGGCAAACCAAGAGCAACUCAAACAUAACCCUACACACUCAUGUUAUCACUGAAGCUCUGCAAAUGUGCUGUGAUGUUGAUAUCUGCAAUGUCUUAAUCUUUAUUUUGUUUAUUUGUGUGUGGAGGGGUAUGGGUGUUUAAGGAUUUAGUUUUGAUACAUUUGAUUUUAAGCAAACUGCAGUUAUAUACAGUACCAGUCAAAAGUUUGGACACCUACUCAUUCAA